AUACCGGUGUUAACUGGCAACGGUGAAGCGUUGAUGACGUGCCAGCAUGGUUCGGAUACGAAGAAAAUUCGCCUUUAUUUUAUGCGGCGUUACUGUGUUUUUCUUCCUAAUACUUUAUCUUGUGCUUAAUUACUCAGUUUCCGAACGCACUCGAGUGCAAGAUAUAACGUACCUAGAGAGCAAAAUAAAGCAGCUCGAGAAUGGAUUGAACAAACAUCAUCAGGAGUUUGGCGAUAUUCGGAAGCAAAUUGACACGAUUCGUGGCGCAGUAGACGGUGGCGGUGAUGAUACGUACGUCGACAACAAAGUGCUCGAUAAGGCACCACUGCUGGGUGACCGCGAAAUGAUGAAAGAAUCGGUCAUUAACGCGAACGGCGGCGGUGCCGGAACGUGUGCACUGCGAACAGACGUUAUACCCCAACCGGACGUGCAAAUGUUGAACCUGUACGAGCAAGUAUCGUUUGAAAACAUUGACGGAGGCGCCUGGAAGCAGGGUUGGCCGAUUAAGUAUCAUCCCAGCGAGUGGAACAGCCAUCACAAGCUGCACGUGUUUUUAGUGCCACAUAGCCACAACGAUCCCGGCUGGAUACAGACGUUCGAUGAGUAUUACGAGCGCUCGACAAAAAACAUUUUCGCCAACAUGUUGCGACAUUUGGACGAGAAUUCAGGACUGCGCUUCAUUUGGGCGGAAAUAAGCUAUUUCGCACAAUGGUACGAUAAACUUGCAGCUGAGCAGAUGGACAUAGUAAAGCGACUGGUAAAGAACCGCCAGCUGGAAUUCGUCACGGGCGGAUGGGUAAUGCCCGAUGAGGCAAACUCGCACUGGUACUCGAUGUUGCUACAGCUGACCGAAGGUCAAACGUGGCUUAAAACACGUCUGAACGUUACGCCCGUGUCGAGUUGGUCGAUCGACCCGUUCGGCCAAUCGGCCACCAUGCCAUACAUUUUAAAGCAAUCUGGGUUUGAGAAUUUGCUCAUCCAGCGCACGCACUACAUUGUGAAGAAAAAUUUAGCUCUCAAAAAGCAGCUUGAGUUCCGCUGGCGUCAGUUGUGGGACACGCGCGGCGAUACGGAUCUGUUCACGCACAUGAUGCCCUUCUACUCGUACGAUGUGCCACACACGUGUGGUCCCGAUCCUAAGAUUUGUUGUCAGUUUGACUUCAAGCGCUUACCGGGCAUGGGUCUCACCUGCCCAUGGAACGUACCGCCCCGACCCAUCAACGAUCAGAACGUUGCCGAACGAGCAGAAACGAUAGUCGACCAGUGGCGCAAAAAAUCUGUCCUUUACCGAACGCGCAAUGUGUUGAUUCCGUUAGGCGAUGACUUCCGGUACACCACCAGCAGCGAAUGGGAAGCGCAGCGUGUCAAUUUCGAGCAUCUGUUUGACUAUAUCAACAACGAGCCGUCGCUGAAUGUAGAGGUAAAGUUUGCCACGCUGCAGGAUUACUUCGAUGCGGUACGGGCCACAAGUGGGCCCAAUGGGAUGGACCAGUUCCCAUCGCUAACGGGAGAUUUCUUCACGUACGCCGACGUUAAUCAGGACUACUGGAGCGGAUAUUUUACCUCGCGCCCGUAUCACAAACGGCAAGAUCGUAUUCUGUUGCAUUACAUACGAUCGGCCGAAAUGUUACACUCCUGGAAUGUUUGGGAACCGGCGAGCGAUUGGAAACCACUGACCAAUCGGUUGGAGUACGCACGGCGGCAACUUUCGUUAUUUCAGCAUCACGACGGCAUAACCGGCACGGCAAAGGACCACGUUAUGGAGGACUACGCGCAACGUAUGUCGCGUGCAAUAGAGGAUUGUAAAUUCGUGAUGCAACAGGCUGUGUAUCGAAUGCUUACGAAAUCCUCGGUCUACCAUGCGGAUCCAUCGUUCAGCUACCUUUCGAUCGAUGAUUCACGGACGGUCAAUGGGUCGGACAGUGUGCGACCGACCAUCAUACUGGGGGAAGAAUUACCAAGCAAGCAGGUCGUUUUGCACAACUCUUUGCCCCAUACACGCUCGGAGGUGGUCGAAUUCUAUGUGGCCAGUCCAUUUGUGACGGUGCUGGAUGGAGCUGGAGGUACUGUGCCGAGUCAGAUUGCACCGGUGUGGUCUUGGCAUACGCGCCCCGAUGGCAUCAGUCAGCCGCAACCCUCGAACACUAAGUAUAGGCUGCUGUUCCGGGCUAAUGUUCCACCGUUGGGGCUGAGCGUGUACACGAUUAUUUCUAAAAAUAGUGCUGAAGAAUCACUUGGAGUCACAUAUACGAAAGCGAUCAUAUUGUCCAAAUCGCCGUUUACCGUCAAUUUGGCAGCCGGAUACCCAGAGGAUAUAGACCACGCCUCACCAACGGAAAUGUCCUUACGGUUUGAGGAGGGCGGUACAACGAGUGCCGCUUUCACCUCAAAAGGAUUGCUGAAAUCGCUUACGAUCGAAAACAAUCAAGCGACGGUACCGGUACAUUUAGAGUUCUACCGAUACGGCAUGCAGCUUAGCUCGGGCAAGAGCGGUGCAUACCUUUUCCAUCCGGCCGGCAAUGCUACGCUAAUAGCGUACGAACAACCGAUCGUGCUGGUCAUGAAAGGUCCACUAGAAACAAGUAUCACUGCCGGUUUACCGUUUGCCGUACAUCAAACCAUUCUGCGCGAUGAUAGUGUAGAAAUCCGAAAUCUGGUUGAUAUUGGACAUCGGGACAAUACGGAAAUAGUGAUGCGGCUGCAGACCAACAUCAACAGUGGCGCUACUUUCUACACCGAUCUGAACGGUAUGCAGCUCAUCAAGCGUAAACGUUUCCAAAAGCUACCAAUACAGGCCAACUACUACCCGGUUCCUUCGACCAUGUUUAUCGAAGAUGACUAUUAUCGAUUGACGUUGCUGGGUGGACAACCGCUUGGUGGUUCGUCGCUGAGCUCGGGUGAGCUGGAAAUUAUGCAGGAUCGUCGCUUAACGCGUGAUGACGAUCGUGGGUUAGGGCAGGGCGUUCAGGACAAUAUGCCGGUGUUGCAUCUGUUCCGGUUGGUGCUUGAGCCGCGCGAAUCCUGCACCAAACCAGAUCCCGAUUAUCCGACUGGAUUCCUGACGCUUCCGGCACAUUCGCAGCUGCAAAGUUUGCUGCACCCGCUGGAUAAGCUAAUCUACAACGAAAACUAUUGGACGGGAUUGCAAAAGGAAGGUUUCGGAGCCCGACACGAACCGCUGGAACGAGGGAUCGAAGUCGUUGCGAUACGUGAGCUGCCUCACAUACACUUCGGUCGGACAACGGCAGGAGUGUCGCCUCCGGUUGGGCUGAUUAUACAUCGGACCAACUUCGAAGACUGUGGCUCGGAAGCAAAUAUGGAAGGAAUGUUGAACAUCAAAAAACUUCUCAAUCUAGACGACGGGCACGAUAUUUAUUCUGCACGUUUAACGCUACUGAAAGCGCUGGAGAUGGUUCAGUCGGACGAUAUUAGUCUCUGCCCGAUGGAUACCAAAGCAUACAUAAUUAAACGAUAAAUUCC